ACAUGUUGUCAUGCUUUAAUUAAACAGGCAGGCAGCAGGAUUGUGGAUGAGUAUCAUUUGAAGUGACAACGUGUUAGUUGUGUGCAAUAGCUGCCAAGAUCUGUCAUGAGUCCGAGUGCUGACCUUUGGAAUUAUGCCUCAGGUUGGGCAAAGCGCAACACCAGUAAAUCAUUAACUGCACUUCAAGAUCUUGAAUAUCCACACACACAGAAAACAUGAAUCACAAGUGUAUUAUUAUGUUAAAGAAGAUGCAUCGCCGUUAUUUCUUUAAGGAGUUAUACGUUUAAAAGAAGGGGGUUAUGUUUUCCUUUCUUGCGUCGCUCCUUCCAACGUCCUACUUGACCGGGUGGUGGACUUUAAACAUUAAUCUACUUUGCAGUUUGCUUCAAGGUGUGAUUGGUGCAUGUGGCAUCUCAGUGCUGCGCUGCCUACUGAGAGUACAUUUAUAUGUUGAGAGCGUAAGUUGGAGCGAUAGCGAUGCGUCUCAUCAAAAGGUCUCUCAGAGGGGGACUAAAGGUGGACUGGCGGGGAUGCUCCAGUUCUUCUUGGUGGUGGGGACACUGGCCUUUGUAGGUUCUCGUGUGGCCUCCCUGGUGGUCCUAGAGUUCUGUCUUCGAGCUGUCUCUGGCUGGGUUACACAGGGUCAAAAGUCCUUCUCCCAGCUCCAGCACCUCUUGGUCCAAAGCCAGUUCUCCCUGGGCUGUGCCCUCACCUGCAGUCUCCACUUUCUCCACGAGAGGUCGCCGCAGCGUUGGCUGUGUUUGCUGCUGGCUGCUGCUCUCAGCUGCUUCUUGGCCAGGCAGGUUUCGGCCUUGCUGCACCAUGUUGCAGCUCUCUACAAGCUGCACAGCUCGCAGCGAUACUGCGGCAUUUGCAUCGGCCUGAUGACAUGUGGCCCAGGGCUGGUGCUGCCCACCUUGUGCAGGAUGCUGUUUAUUGCCUUUUCGGUGGCUGUUAUGGCGGCCGUGUCCAUCAUCAAUCAGCACUUCCUGUCUGCAACCGAGGCACUUAGGUUUUGGACACCUCUGACUAUCUGCUAUACUCUGCUGGUGGUCUACAUGCAGGGGUUCAAUAUGAUGUCGGUCCACCUUUUGCAGCUAUUACAGCUUCAACUCUUCUGGAAAGGCUGUCCACAAGGUUGCGGAGUGUGUUUAUAGAAAUGUUCGACCAUUCUUCCAAAAGCGCAUUGUCUCUGUUCUAAUUCAUCCCAAAGGUGUUCUAUCGGGUUCAGGUCAGGACUCUGUGCAGGCCAGUCAAGUUCAUCCACACCAGACUCUGUCAUUCAUGUGGCCAAGUGAUUAGGACACCUGAUUCUGAUCAUUUGGAUGGGUGGCCAAAUACUUUUGGCAAUGUGUGUCCGAAACGUGAACCUUACAAUAAUGCUACAUUUUCAUCAAGCAGAAGAGCAUCACAGUCUCCCGCCUAGCCAGGUAGUCCUAAACGCGGUAGUGGUGCGCCUCGGUGGUCUAAUGGUCCUGAUGCUGACUGUUGGACGCUGGGCUGACGUGCUCCACAUCCUGG